UCUGAAAGGAACGUUCAGGUGAAUGAUUAAACCCCGGGUGCAGGUAUGAGCAGGACUCUCAGGACACCAGCAGAAGGGUACGGUGUUAUAGGAACCUAACACAUUUACUGUGCGCACUGUAUAACUGGACACUGGACCCAACACCGUCACCAUGAGAAGACCCCGCCAAGAUAUGCCAAGAUAGGAAAGUAAUAUGGAGAACACAUGACACUUCCUGGACUCCCAUCAUCUCCAAUUCUUCAAAACCAGUGACUUCAGUAUAAAAAAAUGAAGAAGCGGCAGAGCUCAGUGAUCUCUAUGUUGGUUUCCCAGAUGUUAUUUGCUCUCGCUUAUGGUGUGACCUACACUGCGUACCCUCUUGUGGGGAGCACUGCCGGGGGCACAGUGAUUACCAUCCUGUUUAAUGACAGCACCAUGGACAACCAGCAUCUGGUCUAUAUGGGAUGCGGAGGCCAUCUUGAGGUUCACAUGACAAGUCCACAGAGGCCUCCAGUAACCUGUGACCUUCUCCUGUCUUACACGCCUCCUGUCCAAUGUAAAACAAGACCAGUGCGGCAUCAAGACGACUCCUAUGAACUGCAAGUAAUCUUUGAUGGACAGCCGGUGGUCCAGACCACAAGGAUCUCAUAUAAGUUCUCAACAGCCGAGACUCCAGAAAUUCACAAAGUUGGUCCAUCCUGUGGAGCUCCAGGGAACAUCAUUGAACUGUCUGGGAGGAUUAUGACCAGCAACUAUGAAGAUUAUGAUUUUAAUGUUGACUAUAUUGAAGGUCCUGUAAUUCUGACAUCUGAGCAAGACGGAUGGAACUCAGUUUGCACGUUGGUUGACAAGAUCUCCGUAAGCAUUUACCCCAUACAUGUAAAGGGUGACAUUGGAAGACUCAGGUGUAAAACGGAGGGCAGUUACAUUGGUUCACAGAACAUCACAUUUUCCGUAUUCAACAAAGGAAAAUCCAUAGUGAGUAAAGAAGCCUGGAGCAUCAGUGCCAAACAAGAACUGUUUCUAUAUCAGACAUCCCCAGAAAUCCAAUACAUAUAUCCAGAUGUAGGAAGUGUAGGAGGUGGAACGGACAUCACCAUCAGGGGAGACUUCUUUACGCAUCCUAUAAAAGUCAACAUUGCAGGAGACAUCUGCAACAUCAAAUCCCUGUCCCCACAAGUCAUAAUAUGUACUACUGCCCCUUAUGGACAAAAUGGUAACGCUCCAUAUCCAGGCAACAGAGGACUUCUGUAUGAGAUUUGGGUUGGAUCACACACUAUAGAUAUGGACAAGCCUCCUGUUCAACAACAAUCAGUGGUUCCCAGUGCAAGCUCCCCAUCAGAUGUCUUUGUAGUUCCAGACCAGCCAUUCAGUUUACAUUUUAUAUACAGAGCAAGGUUGAGUGGAUUCUUUGUAUCUCCGGAGACCAACAACUACACAUUUUGGUUACAAGCAGACAGUGAAGCUCAGCUCUUCAUUAGCCCAUCACAAGAGGAGGAAGUCAAGAUUGAAGUUGCCUCCAUACCGUAUGGUGUCACCACAUGGAAUGACCACUGGGAACUGGAUUGGGAUGUUCACUGGAAGCAGAAGUCCCCCAAAAUGGAACUUGUCCGAGGGAAAAAAUAUUACAUUGAAAUGUUACAACGUGGAACAGGGCAGAACUCCAACAUGAAAAUUGGGGUUCAGAUCCACAAUACGUGGUUAAACCCAGACGUUGUGAACACGUACCAGAGAGAGAAGCAUCAGAUUGUGGCUCAGGCAUUCUGGGUUCCUGAUAUUCAGAAGAUGACUUUUGGUGGCUUCGGACAAGUCCGGUUUUGUUGGGGUAACGCAUCCAGUAAAGUCAUUGAUACAAACAGCACGGCCGACCAGAUGCAGACCACCAUAGAGGACAUGCUCUCCGCGCACUGUGAUCAUUCCCCUGAGGAUAUAUUCCUGUACAGCGGCUUUGAAGAAGGGAUGAAUAUAACUGGUACAGAAGGAGAGCGUUCCUCAUGGGCGGAGCCAUAUUGUGGGAGAUACAGUGCCUACAUGCCCCUAUAUAUUCUGAAAGGGUCUCAAGCCAGAUAUGAAUUAAGCAUGUACCACCAUUUAUGUUUUGCGUAUAAGGGAUAUUUGGACGACUACUUGAUGGUCUCAUUGACAUACCAGAACAGUUUUCUUAAUACAGUGACUAAAAAUCUUACUUGUCAAUGGAAACAAAAUGAAAACAGCCCAAAAGGCUGGAAUUAUAAUUGUACUAAUCUCUGGAUAUGCCUGGAAGAUUCCUUGGAGGAUGUACAUAGAAAAUCAUUGAUAUAUGUGAAUGAGAUUCUACUGCUGCAAACAGAAAGGGAAGAGAAGAAUUGGUAUUUUAUUGAUGAAAUCAUCAUCUCAAAUAGAAGCAGAACAGUUCACCGUAUAGAUCCUAAACCAGCACGGCCUGGAGGUCAUCAUCUCAUCAGCACAACUAUUGCUGGAAGUUACCCGUUCUACAAUCUGACUGCCCUAGUGGCUAAUUGUGGAAUCAAUCUUCCAUUAAUAGAGUUAUGUGAGGCCUCAAUGGAAUCCAGUGGAGAUCAUCACCAUGUACAAAUGCUAAGAACUGGAGGCGAAAAUAUACGUCUAGAAGUUACAAGAUUACAAGCCGCAAGCCCACCAAUUGGUGGCACAUUUUCUGUCCAUCUAUCAGGCACUAUCAUACCAGGAAUUCCAGUCCAUAUCUCUUCUAAACAUCUCAGAGAAUUACUUAUCAACAAUACAGAUGACCUCACUCGUCCUUAUGUCAGUGCCAGUGAUUUUACCAUUACCAAAGACGUAAACACUUGUCACAAAAUUAUUUGGACAUGGACAUGGAACAAUAUGACUGGAGAUCUCCCGAAUUUCCUUCAGGUCUAUGCUGAGAAUCUUACUGGCCUGCAACCUUCUAUCAUAACAAGGGUGGUCUAUGAUGGUGGUGUGUUUAUAUGGCCAGUAUUUGGGGACAUGCUCGCUUCAUCAAACCUCCUGCCUCAGGUCAUUGUCCAUGUGAAUGACAUCCCUGCCCAAUGCUCAGGUUCCUGUUCUUUCCAGCAUCUUCUGAAUGUAACUCCUGUAGUGAGGGAUAUUCAGUAUACCUCAGGUUUUGGAUGUGACUUCAUUGUCAGUAUUUUAGGAUCUGGAUUUCCUAGAAAUGUAUUGGAUCUGAAAAUAAAGAUAAAUCAAACUGACUGUACUGUUACUGAGGCCAAUGCCUCCAGCAUAGUGUGCUGCAUUGAAGAAGUUCUACCACUAGGGGAGCACCAAGUCUUUGUUCAUGUGAAACCUCAAGGUUUUGCCAUUGGUGGAAAUGGCAGCAAUAUUUUUCUGCGUGUUACUCCCAAACUGUUUGCUGUCCUGCCGCCUGUCAUUCCACAAACUGGAAGUAAACUGGUAACUCUGGAAGGUGUAUCUCUUGAUGGUGCAACAGCAGUGGCUUUUGGGUCUCAACUGUGUCCUGUUCAUGCUAGUACUUCCACUACAAUCACAUGCAUAGCACAGCCACAGACUGACAACGUGUCCAAGAAGAUCGUCAGAAUUAAAUUCGGGCAGGAAUGGAUGGCCUUACCCGAUUCCAUCUUGUUUGAUCCUUCCCUCAAUCCCCAUAUUUUAUCCAUUUCUCCAAACACAAGCAGCACAGCAGAUAAUGAGGUCAUCUUCAUCUACCUGUCACAUUUUGAAGAGACACUUCAUGUGACAAUGGAGGUUACCGUACACAUGGCGGUGGCCAGGAUUGUAAAUGUGACAUCUGAAGGGAUAGAAGUGAUGCUGCCCGUACUUCCUGCUGGAAUAUAUAAUGUAUCUGUUAUAAUGAACGGGAUCGCACUUGCAGCUAAUGGGUUUCAGCCAAUUAUCCGCUAUGUCCUGGAAAUGUACAACCUGGAACCAUGCUGUGGAUCCUUUCUGGGUGGCACUGCCGUUACCAUCUAUGGUGAAGGAUUUAGUGGUAACACAUCCAUUAUUUCAGUAUCUGUUGGGCAGGAACCAUGUGCGCUGCUGAAGACAACACGUGAAAUGAUCAUCUGUCAGACACUACCUUACAAGUUUCUUGAUUCGAAUGAAGUGACCAUCAAGGUUCCUCUUCAAGUUUUAGUCGCAAACUUGACUGUCAAGAAAGUAACUUCUGAUUCCCAUAUCACCGAUGAUGAGGACCUUACCUUUACUUAUCACAGAGACUUCACACCCACUAUCGCUAAUCUAACUUGGGUUACACAAAACGGAAGUCUCUGGUUAUUCCUUUUGGGAACCAUUGGGACAGACUCAAUUAUUCUUUUCGAGAAUGUUCAGUCUAAAGUAAAAUAUGAAAUAAGCUACAUAAACUUGCAGAAAUUGGGCUUUGUAAUUCCUCUUGAUCACUUCUGUGUUGGAAACUACUAUAUAAAAGUAUAUCAGCCCAAUCUUGGGUUUGCAAACAUAUCAUCAGAAAAGAAGAUGUUUGAGCUUGAACCUCAAGUGUCCUCCUUAUCUCCUAGAGAAGGUCCAUUGUGUGGUGGAACCAUUCUUACUCUUUCAGGAUCUUUCUAUAAUACCAACAAUACUUUAAUUCAUGUGAUGCUCUCCAGGGAUUAUGAAUGCAUUCUUCUGAGUGUUAGUAAUGAUAUGAUCAUCUGUAUUAUCAAAGUCAAUGGCAGCGUCAAUCUAUCAACCCCUGUGUCCAUUCACGUAUCAGUGAUGGUCAAUGAAAUCUCUGGACUCUGUGGAUCAAAGUGCACCUUGACUUUGGUUCCAGAACAGACUUCCACAGUUAAUAGUGUUGUUCCAAGACUACAAAAAACGACCUAUGUUCUCUAUAUUUCUGGUGAGAGGUUAAACAGCAACCUCCAUAUUGUGGUGGACAGUAGUCAAAGGUGUUACGUGGUAUCUUGGAAUGAAACAUUGGUUAUAUGUCAACUAGAAGAAACAAUUUCUCCCGGGACUCAUUUAGUUAGUUUCCCUUUUGCAGGAGAUGGAUAUUCCUGUCUGUCAAUAAAACCAUAUAAUUUUUCCAUAAAACCUCAGAUAGCAAAGUUUUAUCCUAAGUAUUUUGGUAUCAAUGGUGGUGGCUUAUUGACCAUAGUAGGGUUAGGACUUCAAGGUUGGAACACUAUCCUAGUUGUUUUAGGAAAUGGUCAUUCUUGUAAGGUAACCACAGCGAAUUAUACUGUAGUCAGAUGUGUGGUCCCACCAGAAAAUGGAAUCAUGAACGUAACAAUACAAGUGGAUGAUGUCACCUUUACCGUUGGAAAUGUUGAUCUCAGAGAACCAUAUACACCCAUAGUCCAUUCCGUUCUACAAAAUGGCCUGACAUUGAGCUUUGAAGUAUCGAGGAUCUCAGCUAUAGACAAUGUUGACUUCAGAGUUGGCAACUACAAGUGCACCAAUGUUUCCGGAAAUUCCUCAUGGGUGAAGUGCUCUAUCCCUCAACUUCCAGCUGGAAAUUAUGGUAUAGAAUUUCUUGAUAUCCAAAGAGGUUGGGCGAAGUCAAAUAUAACUGUGGCAUAUCCACUUCAGAUUACCUCACUCAGGAAUAACAUUGACUGCAUGGAGGACAGGACUUUGCAUAUUUCUGGAACUGGCUUUUCCCCCGGAAACACCUUCGUCACUAUCUGUGGUUCUCCCUGUACAGUGUCUGACAACUCGACGACAGCCACUGAUCUCUACUGCUCCAACUGGAAACUAAACAGUUCCUGGUCCUUCCUGUGUGACUUGAUGUCUGAGGCUGGGGCACAGUGCCAUGAGAAACGCAACACAUUCAUUCACUGUGAUGUAACCAUGCGUGUGGGAGCCCUACUGGUGACAAGAUCUUUGGCUUAUCUUCAUGUUUGUCAUUGUAACUGGGAGGAUGAGGCCCGUUCUGUGCCAGCUGACAAUGGAACAGGGCAUGUAGCCCAUAUCACUGGACUCUUUAUCAGCCCUAAAGUGGAAGAAGAUGAAGUUCUCAUCUAUAAUGGCUCCUGUAGCAUCGCUAUGGCAACAGAGGCAGAGAUGGAGUGCGAGGCGCCUAAUCAGCCAAUUACCGCGCAGAUUACUGCGAUACGGAAAAGCCGGCUCCAGAACACUCAGGUCGCCGCCUUUUACUUCUGCGGUUUGUGGUCGGAGAAUUCCACCUGGCCUUCUGGUUCCCCACCACUAGAUGGCGACAAUGUCACAGUAGAGAGAGGCCGGACCCUUCUGCUGGAUCAUCGCACCAGUCUUCUCAACCUGCUUCAUAUCAAAGGUGGUAAACUAAUAUUAAUAGGAUCCGGAUUCGUUCAUCUCCAGGCCCAUUAUAUACUCAUCUCAGAUGGAGGGGAACUUCAGGUGGGAACCUCCUCAAAACCAUUUAAAGGAACUGCAAACAUCACCCUGUACGGGAGCUCCUAUUCAGCUCCAUUAUAUCCAUACGGAGUAAAGUUUCUAAGUGUUCGUAAUGCAUCUAUUUCGAUACAUGGAUGGGUUCCAAAGUUCAUUUCCACAAAUCUGGCAUAUCCCGCCAAAGCCAACGACACAGAGCUGACUGUUAUGGACCUUGUGGACUGGCGUAUAGGGGAUCAAUUUGUCCUAUGUGGUGCAAGUCUUUAUGGCCCCAGAAAACAAGAGGAGGUCCUGAGCAUUGUGAAUAUCAGCGGUACAUGCAUUUCUAUCAGUCCUCCCCUGAGGUACUCCUACGAUAUACAAGAUCAACUUGUCGAGGAUGCGUAUGUCUCUUUAAGGCCUAAGGCGGCUCUACUAAGCAGAGAUAUUACUAUACAAGGCAACCUCACAGAUGAAUAUGUCAGUCGUCACCAGCGAUGUCAGGAGGCCGGAGUCUCAGAUAUAACAGAAUGCCCCUAUGGAAGAAGUGAGAAAACGCUUGGAUCUCAGGAUCUGGGGAUGGUGUUUACCUCUCAUGCCUUGAAGGAUGAGCCAAGUUUGGUCCAAAUCUCAGGAGUCCGCUUCUUGUACGCUGGCCAAGCCUUCACACAGUCACGCAGUGCCCUCAGUAUUGUUGGCAAUAGACCCAUGUCUGGUUCCUAUAUACGGGGGAGUGUCGUGAUGAACUCAUUCGCUCGGGGUAUCAGCCUCUCCGGAAUUUCACACUUCACAGUGGAAGAAAAUAUAUUGUACAAUAUUAAAGGUCACGGUGUGAUUGUAGGAGAACAUUUAGAAAAUGGCAUCCAGGUGCGGAAGAAUCUCCUGAUAAGGAUUUUGGGAACUGAUGGUCUCUCAAACAUUGAGACGUUGGCACCAGCCGCCAUUUAUAUCAGGUCUCCUUCCAAUGCCAUUCAGGAAAACAUGGUCUGUAGCUCUGGGUAUGGAUUUUUUUACCACCUCUCACCAGAAGGCCCUUCUCAAGCCCCCUUGGAAAGUUUUUGGAAAAACACAGCUGUUUCGUGUACGAGGUCUGGCUUUCGCCUGCACCCAGAAUAUCGCCCACCCACGGUUGACACCCCGACCACAUUCCAAGACUUUACAGCCUGGAACAGCGGAGGUGGAGCUCAGAUCGCAAGAUGUGGAAAUGUUUCUUUUAAAGACUUCAAGAUCUUUUCUUGCGAGGAAUUUGGAAUUAAUAUCAGCGAAAGCGCCGGGAAUCCUGAAGUUUCUGGUAGUUUAUUGCUUGGCCAUUUUGAUGGGGAGACAGGCGGUUGUAUGACGUCCGGUAUAGUUACUCCUAAAAGGUUCCAGGUGGUCAUUACCAACACAACCUUCGUAAACUUUGACCGGCAGGAAUGCCGCUCCAUCAGUACCUGCUCAGGGUGCAUUAUGGGUCAAGGUGGCUUCACAGUAAAAACACAAACCUUGAAGUUCCUGAACUCGCCUAGAAAGGUCUUUUUCCCGUAUCCUCACUGUGCGCUGAUGAACGACAUUGAUGGCUCAGUCUCAGGGUCAGAAGGGAGCCACCUGCUGGUUGACACUGGUAUACUCCCGGAUUCCUCCUGCCGGGCGGUGGAUUACGUUAGUGGUGGGGCGUCUGGCCGCGUGUGUAAAUCAGACGUAACAUUUCACCGCAUGUCCAUUGCCCUAGAACAAGCCCCCGGUGUCAGCUACAACAUCACUAUCCAAAACAGCAGGAACCAGACGGGCACUGUGAAUUAUGUCCCGGACACUUUAUCUAAUCUGCAUGGUUGGCAAGCCCUGCUGCUGGAUAAAGAGACAUACACCAUUAUAUUCCAUGUUCCCCAUGUUAAAACCACCUUACAGUAUUCGACCACCUUCUAUGAUUUCGCUAAUGGGCACCACCUCUAUAUACAGCACAUUCAGCUGCCAAGUGUCCUUAAUAUUUCCAUAACAUGUGGAUCCAGGGUCGGACGGCCUCACCAGUCUAUCCCUUUGCCCACAGAAGACCAUGCCUGUGACUGGUUCUAUGACAGCAGCCGUGGCAUACUGAUCUACCUGGUUGCAGGUGAAGGACAAGUAACCGUACAACUCAAAGCAGAAGAGAUAAGCAUCCAGACAACCCCAACACCCGCACCCCGUUCCGUUCUUAGAUGGUCCUCUCCAGAGUCUUGGGCAGGGGUUGGCGAGGGCUGGGGAGGACACGGUUCCACCAUACCCCAGGCAGGAGAUGAUGUUAUCGUCCUACCCAACAGAACCAUAGUGGUUGACGUCGCCCUGCCUCCUCUCCGUGGUCUGUAUGUAUUAGGAACUCUGGAAUUUCCAACAAACCUCAGCAAUGAGUUUAGUGUUUCUUGUAUCCUCAUAGCAGGUGGACGGCUAAGUGUCGGGACAUCUCAACAACCUCUAGAACAAGAGCAGAGAAUCCGGAUUGUGCUCCGUACAUCUACAGGGGUCCACUGCGAUCGUCUCAAUGGUCUCCACGUGUCUUCCGGAGUUAUUGGAGUUUACGGAAAGUUGCAGAUUUAUAGUGCUUAUCCCAGCAGAUCAUGGACACGUCUCGGGGCAGACAUUGCGCCGGGAAAUGAAAUGAUUGCUUUAAAUAAUACCGUAGACUGGAGACCAGGAGAUGAAGUUAUUAUAAGUUCAUCAUCUUAUGAAGCUCAUCAAGCUGAACUUUUUCACCUAAGAGAUAUAUAUGGAACAAUUGUUCGGAUCUGGGGCAGACUGAACUACUGGCACUCUGGUACUGUUCAUUCGAUUGAAGAUACUUGGAGAAUCCCAUUAUCGGCAGAGGUCGGCUUGUUGUCCCGCAAUGUCCAGAUUGACACUGACACACCCUGCUCUGGAAGAAUUAUGGUUGGCCACCAUAUUAAUUAUCUUGGGGAAGAAUACACAGGGUCUCUAGAGCUUUCAAACAUUGAAAUUUCAAAUUUUGGAUCCUCAUUGUUUCCAUCAAUACAUUUUAACAACACCUUAUGUAGUUCUUCUGUAUCAUCUUCGAGCAUUCACCACAGUUGUGGAGGUGGUAUAAGAGCAACCAACAGUACAAACAUUUCACUCCAUGCCAAUGUAUUAUAUAACAGUGUCGGACAUGGGAUUCAUCUUGAUGGUGGUAGCCACAUUAUUACAGAUAACCUUCUCAUCUUAAUGAAGCAACCUAAAACCCAAGUGGAAUGGGUAACAGGAAUAAAGAUGAAUCCACCAAGCCACAUCGUCUUGUCUGGUAAUUCAGUGGCAGGAUCUGAACGUAUUGGUUAUUACUUACAAGGUCAAAGAUGUGACUCUAAGGAAAAAUAUUGGCUGGAGAAUGUGGCCCAUUCAAGCCUUCAUGGAAUUCAUAUCUACUGGGAAGAUGGCUUGAUGAAUUGCACAAAAAUAUCUGGAUUCCUGUCUUAUAAGAACUAUGACUAUGGCCUUUUGUUUCAUGUGGAAGGCAGUGCAGAGGUGGACAGUGUGGUCCUUGUAGACAAUAGAGUCGGUCUUUUACCAAUUAUUUCCCAAGGGCCUAUUUAUCCAUUUAAUUCCAUGAAACAAUACUUCUUACUCCACAACUCUGUGAUAGUCGCAACAAGCAAAGCUUUCGAUUGCUUACGGGAUAGAAUCAACCCUUUGUCUGCCAAUGUCACACAAAGGGACCGAGCCCCAUCUUCUCCAUAUAAGGGACGAGUUGGCAUUCUUUGGCCAGUGUUUACUGCAAAGCCUAGACAAUGGCCUGACUUCCCGUGGCAUAUGCUAGCAAGUGAUGGAACUGUCUCUGGUAUAAUGAAAUUACAAGAUGUUACAUUUUCUGGAUUUAAGAAGAACUGCUAUAGUGACGACUUUGACACUUGCAUUAUGUCUCAUUCCGGAAAGACGGCAAUAACCUGUCCAAUAACAGCUGAGAGGAUCAAGAUGUCCGACGUAAGACCUGACCACAUCUUCUACUUCCAUUCACCAAACAGCAGCACCACCGUAUGCCCAUUAUCUGCUGAAUGUUCCGGAACACAAGCGGCGCUCUUCAAAGAUCUGGAUGGCAGUUUUUGGGGUCUUAUUCCUCCAGUCACAGUCUUUCCCAAAUCAGAACUUGAUGCUGUACAUCCCUGUUAUAAUGUUGGGAUUUACAAGAAGGAUGAUCUUUGCUCCUACAAAUCAGAAUCUCAGACUCACGUAUGUCAACAGAUCGACCACACAGUUGUCAUCCUUGAAGUCCUCUCAGUCGUCACAGAGCCUAUCUCUCCAGUCUUAUCAGUCACCAGCAACUUCGUCCAAGUGUUUGUCAGUGGACAGAAUCCUAAGAACGGGGACAAAACCGGCAACACUUUUUACUCUAUCUUACCAGCAAAAAAAAUUUCAAAGGUGUGUUUCGGUGGCCCAACUCCCAAGGCAAUCCGACUCCGUCUCAAUGGUGGUCAAAACUCUACCAGACUUAUUUUGGCCCUGUUUUAUGAUGUCCCAAAUAGUUUCUAUAUUGUGUGGAGGGGCAGGAAAUACUCAACAAAUUUCUAUGACUCUGAGCCUAAACUCCAAAGCAGCGACCAAAGUUUUUUCAGUUUCCGAGAUAAUUUGUUGUACGUCAUUCUUCAAGGAGAUGAACCAGUUGAGAUAGGGACCAAUCUAUCCAUCCACUUAUUUCUCUAUGUUCCUUCAGAAACAAACAAAGACCUAUACAACCAGCUACCAAUGCUGCUGGCAACAUUUUUAAGAGUUGCCCCAUCUCAGGUAACAAUAGUGCAGAGCUUACAAGGACAGGCGGAGACCUUAGAGGCCUUGAUGGACAACCACUUUAAGCGUAAGCGGCACUGCCCUAGAGUACAUGAAGAGAAACCUAGAGUUAAACGUCAGGCUGAACCAACUCUUAGAGGAGACCAUGCUGGGAAAAAAAAAGAAAACCUUAUAGACGUGCUCAUUGUGGAGAUACGUGACAUUGUUACACAAGAAGAAAGUGCAAUGGCUGCUGCUUUGACCUUCGAUAACUUGCAGAAGAUUGCAACUAAUAUUAUUGGUGCUUUACAGACUGGAGAGCUUGAGAAGGUCAUUCCUAUGCAUAUUGAUUCAUUGAUGGUGAUUGAGCCAACUCCUUGGAAUAACAGCAGAUACAAUAGCUCCUCAGGAAGCCGCAGUGCAGUCUAUGUGAAGCCACACAGGAUCCAUAUUGCAGUUCAGCCGGUGGGAGGGACGGCCGGAGCACCACUUCCUACACAACCUAAAGUCAUCUUCUUGGAUAUAAAGGGAAAUCGUAUCGCAAAUUUAGGACAUUUCUCCAAUCCCUGGAAAGUAUCUGUCUACCUGAAGGACUCUUCAGGUGCUCCACUAAAAGGGGGCACCACGGUGCCGAUAGAAGAUGGAUGGGGAAACUUUACAAACUUGGCCGUCUCAAGUUCUGGAUCAAACUGGCACUUAAUAUUCAACGUUACAUCACCGGCAGGGGUGGCACUGUCUGUCGAAUCCAAAGAAUUCCAAAUUUCCGUUUCCCUUGGCCACGAUAAAGAAAAUAUCUUCAUGUUGGUCAUCCUCAGCUCUGCAGCUUCCGCUAUCGUGUUAUUGCUUUUUGUUUGUUUUUUCUUUAAAAAGAAAAAGGUUGAACGAAUAAAAGAAAACAGAAAGAAACCAAGAAGUUAAAUACAAAUAUAACGAUACAUAAGAAUGGAAUCACAUAGAAAUUGAUCUUCAUGAGAAAAUCCAUUUGGUGAAUUUUGGAAUUUUUUCAAAUGUAUAAAAACUUCUGUG